AUGGCAUCAACUACCUCCACCGUCUCCCUUAUCUCCUCCACUACAUCUUCCUCCACAUUCCCAUUAAAAUUCAAUUUUCCCGCCAAAUCCCCCUCAACUGUCAAUUUUCGCGCCAACCCUCUCACCGCCGCCAACGCCGCUUCUUCAGGAAAAGAUCGCGUCUUGGGAAGAAGAGGACUGGUAUUUACACUUACAGCCACACUGCCAUUGCUUCUUCCUUUCUCUGAAUGCAUAGAGGCCUUUGCUGCGAAGGCGGUAGAGUCGGAUUUAAGUGAAUAUGAGCUUGUGAAGGAGGAAAUUAGGAAGGUGGUGACCAAGGGUAAGGCUGCUGGUGUGCUUCGUUUGGUGUUUCAUGAUGCAGGGACCUUUCAAGUUGAUGAGAAUUCAGGUGGUAUGAAUGGUUCUGUCAUUUACGAACUUGAUAGACCAGAAAAUAAAGGUCUUAAAAGUCCUUUCAAGAUUCUAGAGAAAGCAAAGAGUGAGGUGGAUACAGUACAACCAGUGUCCUGGGCAGACAUGAUUUCUGUGGCUGGAGCUGAAGCAGUUUCAAUAUGUGGAGGUCCAAUAAUCCAAGUUUCGUUGGGCAGAUUAGAUUCAAACCUGAUCCUGAAGGAAAACUUCCUGCAGAAUCUCUGGAUGCCUUGCUCUGAGGCAAAGCUUUCAAACAAAAGGCUUUUCGUGAGUUCAUAUAUGCUAAAAGAUACCUUUUUCAAUUUAACUCAAGAACUUGUUGCUCUGUCAGGAGCUCAUACCAUUGGAAAUAAAGGUUUCGGAAGUCCAACAGUUUUUGACAAUACAUACUUCAAAAUUCUGCUUGAGAAACCAUCUUCGGGUAGUAUGAUUGGGCUUCCUUCAGAUCGUGCACUUGCCAAGGAUGAUGAAUGCUUAAGAUGGAUCACAAAGUAUGCUGAGGACCAGGACGUUUUCUUUGAAGAUUUCAAGAAGGCUUAUGUCAAACUAGUGAAUUCAGGAGCCAGGUGGAAGAGCUUGUGA